GUCAGCUGCAACCAAUAGCAACCCAGCAUUCAAGCUGAAACAAAGACGGAGAGCCGUGAGCAAAUGUGCUUUUACAAUCAAAAGAGAUAUGCGUGUGGAGACUGGAGCUGGACCAGCUUUGCUCACCGAUGCAACUAUGAAUAUCGCACCGGCGAAACAUGCGGUAUGAGACUUGUCAACACAACCGAGAACGAGAAGACCAACUGUCGUCUCUGCGAAAAAAUCGAAACCAAAUAUCGCCGGCGUAGUGCCGAAGUCGACCGUUUGGACCGGUGGAAGCGAGAGGGUGCCACACUCGUGGCUUCAAUGGAUCGGUCUCACAAGCUCAUCAUGGACUUGGAGAAAGAGAUCCGCUCCCUGCAACGGGAGCGGGACGACCGAAGGAGCACUCUCCUAAGAUAGGAUUGGCUUGGAUUUGCA